AUGAAGUUGCACGGAGCUGUUCUGAUCUGUCUGGUCUGCGGGGCCCUCGCCGUGCCCUUGGAACCUAAACAAUCUGACCUGGACAAGGUCUUCGACUACAGACGAGCCCUGCUGGAGUUCAACUGGAGGGUGGACGAGUCGAAACACAACUUGAACGGCAACCUCCGAGGGUUGCUGCAGAACUGCAAGGAUGGCGUCGACAUUCCCGCCCUCGAGGAGAAGAUACAAAACCUGAGGUCGACGUACGCCAAGCAGAUCGCCGAGUAUAGGAGCUCUCUCGAAUCUUUAUACAACUCCGACGUAGAUCCUCAGCUUAAGUUCGGCGAGGAGCACAAACAAAGCAUCGAAGCGAAUCUCCGGAAGGCGGAAGCUUGCUUCGAGAGCGGAUUGAACAAGCUAUCGUCGUCGCUGGAGAGGCUGAAGCUCGGCGCCGUGAGCGUGAAGGCCGACGGCGACUCCGACUCCGGCUCCUCUUGGUGGUCCUCCAUCUACAACUUCUUCGCCUCCUAUUUCACAGACAUCAGCAGCUCGGAGUACGUCCAGAACGUUCAGAACACCGUCAGCAGCUUGGCCAACAACGUCACUGCUCUAUUCAACCAGAACCAGGGCAUUCAACUGAUCAAUAACAGUGCUGGAAGUGGGUCGACCGACAGUAGCCCUAGCUCAGACAAUUCAGCCUCUGAAAACUCAAGCUCAGAUAGUUCUGAUAAUUCUGCUUCAGAAAACGCAGGCUUAGACAUUUCCCACAACUCUGCCUCAGAAAACUCAAGCUCAGACAGUUCUAAUAAUUCUGCUUUAGAAAAUUCAAGCUCAGAUAAUUCUAACAAUUCUGGCUCAGACAAUUAUUCCGAUGGAAACAUUGCAAGCGAUCCGGUGGACAACGACCGUCAGACCAACACCAAGCUGCCGACUCCCGAAACGCCCAGCCAUGAACUGCAUCCAGAACAGAACAGCAUAGAACCACAUCCAGAACAAUAG